AUGUAAAAUAAAUUAUUAGAUAAAGUUUAAGAAGAGAAUGCAGCAAACAAAAUGAGUAAAUUGUUCAAAGGAAACUAGAAUGAUUAUUAUGUUUCAAUGAAGGAGGAGGAUGGUCAUCAGAUUGAAUUGAAUAAGAUAUAAAGGAAGAAGGUAUUUUUAUCAGGCAGUGAAGAUGAAGAAGAACGAUUACCAACGUCAACGCCAAUUGUUAAUAAAGAAGAAAAUAAGUGUAAGAUUAUUUCUUUGAGCGUAGAAAUUCAAGUGUACCAAAACUAAGAGAAUAGGAAUAGCGAUAUUUUAGAUGAGGUACCUACAUAAGAGAAUAUUGAUGAAUUGAAUGGGAUGCCAUAAUUUGAAUUAUCACCAUUAAACAUACCAACAGGGAAGAAGAAAACUAAAACAAAGAAAAACAAAUUAAAAAAGAAAAAAGUGAAACAUUAAGCAUUGCCAUUUAAUUGGAAUACUUAUAAAUUCUUAUUACACUAUCCCUUAUAACAUUUAAAAUUAACUAUACUAGUGAAUGUAUUGAUAGUAUUAUCUGCUGUAGCACAAAUGUUAUUACCAUGGAUACUUGGUAGAUUGAUUGAUGAAAUCACUAAAAAUGUGGAAUAAGCUCAGCAAUCAGGUUCAAAUCCUGAAAAUAAUUAGGGCACUCAGAAUGUUGUUAUUGAUGAAGAAUUGCAUUCAACAUUAUCAAAAUAGUUUCUAUAUGUUUUGACAGCUUAUACAAUUUUAUCUUUAGUUAGAGCAUUCAUCAAUCAAAUUUGGUAAGAAAUGAUAUAUAAUGAUAUGAGAGAAGAUGUCCUAAAGUCCUUCUUAUCCUUUGAUUUAACAUUCUUUCACACUUACAGAAAUGGUGAAAUAAUAUCAAGGAUGACAAAUGAUUUGCAAUCAGCUAAAUCAGCAGUCAGUGGAAAUAUUAUUUUGCUAAUAAGAAAUUGUUGUUUGACUAUCUUCAAUAUCAUAAUCUUAUUUGCAUUGUCUUGGAAAGUGACUUUAGCAAUUUUAGCCCCAAUGCCAAUUUUUAUUGUUCUGGGAACUAUCCAUACGAAAAUGGCAAAAAAGUUUGAAAAAUUAGGUCAAGAAUAUCAAGCCAAACUAACCACUUUGGCAGAUGAGAUCGUCUCAGGAGUAGUAACAGUAAAGAGUUUCUGUACAGAACAAUUCGAAAUUAAGAAAUUUCACAAACAAUUAGAUUUAAAUAUUAAAUUGGCUCAAAAACGAGGAGUAAAUACUGGAUGUUAUUAAGCAUCAUCCGCUUUAUUCACUUAAUUGGGAUCCUUGAUUGUUUUAUGGUAUGGCGGUAAACUGGCAAUGAAUAGUUCAGCAGAAUUAUCGGCUGGUGACUUGACAACCAUAAUCUUAUACUCUCUAUAAUUAUCUUCAUCUAGUUCAGAUAUUAGCGAAUCUUUUGCAAAAAUAGUAAGUGCCACUGGAGCAUUUGAAGGAGUACUCGAUAUGCUCAAAUGGGAGUCUCUUGUUAAGGAAGCACCAGAUGCAAUAGAUCAUAUUACUCCAACAGGAGAAAUUUAAUUUAAGAAUGUUGUAUUCUCGUAUCCAAACUCUUAAGUGUAAGUCUUGAAAGGAAUCUCGCUUAAAAUUACUAAAGGAGAAUAUGUUGCAUUUGUGGGACCUAGUGGCAGUGGUAAAUCAACACUCAUGCAUUUAUUGGAAAGAUUUUAUGACCCAUAAUCAGGCUCAAUUUAUUUUGAUGAAAUGAACAUCAAAUAAUUCAAACUCAAAGCAUUAAGAAAGGCAAUCGGAUUAGUUUCCCAAGAUCCUGUUUUAUUUGAAGGAACUAUAGAAACUAAUAUAAUAUAUGGAACCGAAAAUUAUACUAAGGAUGAUUUUGAAUGGGCCACUAAAGCAGCAGGAGUUUGGUAAUUUGUUUCAGAUAAAUUCAAAUUUCCCCAUGGAUUUGAUACUUUCGUUGGUGAACAUGGUUAUACUUUAAGUGGAGGAUAGAAGCAAAGAAUUGUAAUUGCCAGAGCAUUAUUAAAAAGACCAAAAAUCUUAAUCUUUGACGAGGCAACUUCUGCUCUAGAUGCUGAAAGUGAAUUUCAAGUUUAAUCUGCCAUUGAUGAAUUAAUCUAAAAGGGAAGCAAAAACAUAACUGUUUUAGUAAUCGCUCACAGAUUGAGUACGAUUGUUAAUUGCAAUAGGAUUAUUGUAUUAUAAAACGGUGUUGUGGCAGAACAAGGAACGCAUUAAGAAUUGCUUAAUAAUCCUGAAGGGAUUUACAGACAAUUAGUGGAGAGAUAAAUAUCAGGAGUUAUUGAUUCUAAAGAUAAUGAUGGAGAUUCAGAAGCUUAAUGA